AUGUUGGUGGCAAUAUUUAAAUGCUUUGUUGGGGGUUUGAGACCAAUAAGAGGACAAGAUGUCAAUGUCUUACAUCCAUUUGGUCAUACUGGAUUGGCAGCUGGCGGACUAGCCCUAGGUGCGUGUAAAAGGAAUAUAGGUUCAACAACAUCAUCUAUCAACAAUAACAAUCAAAAUAACUAA